AUGAAUAAACCAAAUUUAAGGCAAUUCAAAGAUAACGUAGACUACGUUAUUAAGAUACUUCUAGUUGGUGAUAGUGCAGUAGGAAAGACUAAUAUUAUGCUUAGAUAUUGUGAUCAUGGAUAUAAAACAGCUCACAUGGUAACAGUAGGAGUCGAUUUUAAGAUGAAAACUAUAAAAGUAGAUUAGAAACAGCUUAAAUUAAUAAUUUGGGAUACUGCUGGACAAGAAAAAUAUUAAGCUAUGGCUUAAAGUAUAUAUAAUGGAGCUCAAGCAGUUAUUGUCGUAUACAGCAUUACUGAUAGAAAUAGUUUCAUGAAUGUCAGAAAUUGGAUUAAGUAAAUUUCAGAGCAUGUUCCAGAUUAGAUUAUUAUAACCCUAGUAGGAAAUAAAUGCGAUGAAAGCGAAAAUUAGAGAAAAGUUGAUAAAGCAGAAGGAUAGGCUCUAGCUGAUGAAUAUAAAAUUCCUUUCUUUGAAUCAUCAGCAAAAGAAAAUAUUAACAUAACAUAGUUAUUUGAAGAAACAGCUAGAUAAAUAAAAGAAAAAAUUUUAAAUGAUAUUAAUACUGUUGGAGACAGUGCAUAAAAAAUUAAAUUUGACACUUUACAGGUCGGUUCUCCAUCACCAUAAAAUAAUGAUAAUUUCAAAUUAACAGCAGAAAAAAGCAGAUAGUCUGAAUAAAUGUAUACGGAAACAACUCCUUUCGAUACAAAAACUCCUUAAUCAUAAAAUAAUGUUAGUAACUGUCAAUGCUGA